AUGGGUGCAUGCCAAAUAUGUAGCGAUUUGCACCACACAUUGCUGCACCCAAGGACUGCUGCUCAGGGGCCAAGGCAAGGACAACCACGACAACUACGCCAACGCGCUCGCAGAAGCCUCCCCAACCCUCCUCAACAGAGAGCUCAACAGCGGUUGGAUGACCUCCGUCAACGCCUACAACAACAGCAGCAGGUUAUCCAACAGCAACAACAACAGCUACAGCAGCAACAACGCCAACGACAACAACGGCAACGACAACAACUACAGCAACAAUCUCAGCGGCAGCCACAACGUCGCCAACAGCAACUGCCCCGACCCCAACAACGACAGCGCCAACAACUUCAACCACAAGCCAUAGCCGUUCCUCAGCAUGCGGCAGCGCCAGCCUCAACCCAGGGGCUGGUCAAUCAAAUUGUUUCAGCCCUCAGCCAACUGACAGGGUCCACAAUUGCACCAGUGCAAGGAGGCCGGCAUGUCGAAGUCCGGUUAGGCCGCGUUGAAGACGAUUUGAUCGAUCUCCAUGACGAUCUUAUCGACUUCGACGACGGCCUUACCGACCUUGACUGA